AUGCCUGCCUUGUCUGCCGCGGAGCAUAAACGAUCGCUUGAUGAUCCUCCACCUGCCACUCCCGGAAGGCAAAUUUGCCACAAUCGUCCGCGUCUACGCUCCCCCACCCCGAUAAUCGAUCCUGACGAGGCGAGGAACAAAUUCUAUAGGGACCUGCACGCUCUCCUGGCCUCUGGGUUGAAGGCGGAUAAGCUGACUGUCCUUGGUGACUUCAACAUCCCCACAGGCACAGACCAUGUUGCCUGCAGAGGAGUGCUGUGUUCCCAUGGUCUCGACGGCUCCAAUAACAAUGGCCUCCUCCUUCUACGAACCUACGGCGAACACCGACUCAUCCACACGAGCACAUUCUUCCGCCUCCCGAUGCGAGAGAAGGCCACCCACAUGCACCCUCGGUCGCGACACUGGCACCUGCUGGACCAUGUCAUUGUCCGGAUGCGAGACUGGUGGGACGUGCUGGUGACAAAGGCGAUCCCGGAUGCCGACGGGUGGACCAACCGUCGUCUCGUCAUCUCCAAGAUGCGGAUUCGUCUACAGCUUCGCAGGAGACCUCAAAGUAAGCGACCCUCAGGUAAGCUGAAUAUUGCCUUGUUGUCGCUGCUUGCUCACCAUCUCCAUUUUAACGAUGAGCUAGUUCAACGACUAGACAACCAUCCAGUCGCUGCCGCCGUUGCCGCCGUCGCUGCCGCUGACGAGAACACCUCCGUGGAGAACCGAUGGUGUCAACUGCGCGACACAGUCCAGUCGACGGCCCUGGUUGUCCUCGGUCACGCACGACGAAAACAUCAGGACUGGUUCAGUAGCAACGGCGCAGCCAUCGGCAACCUGCUCGCCGAGAAGAAGCGCCUGCACAAAGCCUACUUCGACGACAAUAAAGCAGCCUUCUACCGUAUUCGCCGCCUUGUGCAACAGCGGCUGCGCGAGGUGCAGGACGCCUGGACGACUCGCAAAACCGAGGAGAUCCAAGGGUACGCGGACCGCAACAAAUGGAAGGACUCCUUCGCUGCGACCAAAGCUGUCUACGGUUCGUCAACUAAAGCAACCGAACCUCUUCUCAGCGCCGACGGCAGUACGCUACUCACAGAGAAGACACGAAUUCUUCAGCGAUGGGCCGAGCACUUCCGAGGCGUCCUCAGCCGCUCCUCCACCAUCUCCGACACCGCCAUCCUCCAUCUGCCGCAAGUGGAAACCAACGUCGACCUCGGCCUCCCGCCCUCUCUAAACGAAACCAUCAGGGCCGCGCACACCAGUUUUAUGUUCUCUGGCAUGCUGAUGGACGCCUACCGUGACGAACGCCCUGGGAUCCGCAUCGUUUACGGGAUGGACGGCCUCUACCUCAAUCAGUGGCGGAUGCUAUUCCCGUCGCGUGCAUCCACGACCACCAUCCACCAACUUCUUUUCGUCAACGACUGCGCCUUCGACGCCACCUCAGGAGAGAACAUGCAAAAGAGCAUGGACAACUUUGCCGCCGUCUGCGACAAAUUUGGCCUGGUCAUCAACACAGGGAAAACGGUGGUCACGCAGCAACCGACACCCCAUGCUGCCUACGUUGCACCCCGAAGCAGCGUGAACGACCCCCAACUGCAAGUCGUGGACAACUUCACCUACCUGUGCAGCGCCCUCUCGCGCUCCAUCAAGAUCGACGAUGAAAUAGCCUGCCGGAUCUCCAAAGCCAGCCAAGUCUUCGAUUGUCUGCAAAACACCGUCUGGAACCGUCACAGUCUCCAUCUCAAUACCAAACUAAAGAUGUAUAAGGCGGUCAUCCUGCCGACGCUGCUGUAUGGAGCGAAGACCUGGAUGGCGUACAAGAAACAAGCGCGAAGACUCAGUUCUUUCCACCGCAGUUGUCUUCGACGGAUACUGAAGGUAACAUGGCAAGACGGAAUCUCGGACACGGAUGUAAUGGAGCGGACGAGAAUCCUCAGCAUCUACGCUAUGUUGAGAUAA